CCAUCCCUCUUCAACUCCGGUGCUCGUCCAAAGAGCACCAGCUCAACCCGAUGGAGGCAGAGGUGUCCUCCCCCAAGGCACCCCUACCUCGCCGGCUAGCUGCGCCGCCGCAGGAUGUCUCUUCUAGUGGAUCUCUGCGUCCUUGUCGACCUCCUUUCCUGGUGCAGUCCACGCCCCGCGGCGGCCAUCAGGGCGUGAGCACCUCGGGCAUGGCCGGCGCCGUGAUCCGCCACGCCUUGCUCCUGCAGCGUUCUGUGCAGUUCAUUCCGUUGAGGCGCCGCGUGAUGCAGUAUGCAUCGUUGUGGCGAUGCGGCUCGAUGGUAGUGCUCGGUGCGGUUCGGCAGCUUUCGCUUUGAAAACAGAGAAGGUGUCUGGUGAGGCCUGUGCGGACGAGAUGCUCCCGGCCUCGCCUCCUCCGGCCAUUCCCAUCCCCUGAAUCUGGCUGUGCACGCAGGCUGUAGCGCAUAGCAGGAUCGAGGAUCCCCUUCCUCCACCUGGGACAGGAGCACCGCACCUUCGUAUUCUUCGGCAGACCCCGUUUGCGGAUGUCAGCUCGCUUCUCGCGCCGCUGCAGUUUGUGGUUCUGUAAGCGUGCAGUGCAGAAGGAUCCUUCGAACUGGGCGGCCGCUCCCCACACGUUUGUCGCCGUCGACUGGAGAACCACAUGGGAGCACCACGAGCUUCACGCCGGCGCCGCAAUCAUGGGUCUUUUUGUUGACUGUCAAGUUGGACGCCGGGUGUCGAGCGCAUCUAGGUCGAGGGCGCUUGGCCCAUGGCCUCCUCACUUCCAGCAGCUCCCCUACGGCCACUACGAUCGUGUGCCUGGGGUUGCCGUGGAGUUUGGUGGCCUCCCGUCAUGUCCAGCACGCGUCAUCCUCUUCUCCAUCAAUGAGGCAGCAUCGACACAGCGCUAGAAGGAUGGGGAAAGCGGUGCAUUUGUGUUGCAGUUCGUCGGAGACAGGAGUGCAGCUCAGUUGGGCGGCUCGUGCGGCUCGGCCAGCUUGUGCGUGCAGUUCCCUGGCCGACCAUUCUACCCUUCAGAAUAUCCUAGCUGGGUGGUGGCGUGAGAUGUGGUUCGGUGCUCGUGUAGGCGCAGUUUGUGGGCACACCACAAUGUCGGCAACAACGCCUGGGUCUCCACCUCUCCAGCCGUCUCACUUCCCUCCUCUCCUUGUUCCUAUGGUGGCGACCACUCUGUGUAGUUCGGAAAAAGUUUUUUUCUUCAGAUUUGGCCGUAGAUGCAGUUCGACAGGAGUACAUCUCGGCUCGUGCAGUUUGUGCGGCCAUGCGGCUCGGCUAGCUAUUUCAUGCAGUUCGCUGGAUGCGUUUCAGGUGCUGCCUGCCAGCGUCGCGCCGGAGCGCGUCUCCGUUGUCCCCGGCGGCAGCGGCAGCGCCAUGAAGCAGGACGACGGCAAGUGGAAGGCGGCCACGAAGCAGUACAAGGCCCUGUUGCCCGCGUUGGGGAGCGACAAGGUGCUGAACGUCAUGGACAUGAGCACCGUCUACGGAGGGCUCGCGGCGAGCCUCGUCAAGGACCCCGUGUGCGUCAUGAACGUGGUCUCCUCCUACGGGCCCAACUCCCUCGGCGUCGUCUACGACAGAGGACUCAUCGGCACCAACCCACGCAUUACCUCUUCUCCCAACUGCAUCCUGCUCGCCGUCAGAUGUUUAGCAUUCCCGUUACUAGAAUUGAAUUAAUCUGCUGAUUCUUGUUAGGUGCGAGGCCUUCUCCAUGUACCCACGGGCGUACGACCUGCUGCACGCUGAUGAAAUUUGCUUCGGUCCACUUGUUUGUAUUUACUCAAACAUCAUGUAGUUCAUCAAAACUCUUUGUUGUUCUCAUGUUAAAACAA